AUGAAGCACUCAAUCUCAGAUGUAGACACUGUGCAGCAAUCACGAUGCCCCAACCACAUUUCGAAGCGUCGCAAACUACGACCUGUCAACUCCGAGACGCGCCGCACAUCUCUGCUCCAUUCGAAUCCGUCGAACUUAUCAAACCCAGCGUUAUGGUCAUCACAUGCAUCCUCAGAAUUAUUCGCACGCACUGAAAACGCGCCCAAGAAUACACAUCAGCCUGUGUCAGAUGAGCCACGUGAGAAAACAGCGUCAAUAGCACACUGGCUCAUUAGCUGCGAGGCUGACACGAUGGCACCACCAACACCACGAAGCGGAUCUGUUUCGUCCAGCUGCGGGAGACGCUCUUCUAAGCGUUCUGCACGUGCAUCUCGAACGCCCAGCCCUAGCAAGCGAACGUCACCACAAACAUACCGUAACCAGAACAUGUCUUACGCUGGAGUCUUUAUUGACGACCUGAUUGAACUUCCGCACGAUGUCGAACGCAAAGUGCGGUAUAUACUAGAAGUGGAGUCUUUAGAGGAUACAAUUGGCACGACGGAAGACGAUUCGCAGCAGGCGACCUAUGUGAAGAGGUUCUUAGAUCAGUCGCGUUACAACGCAAGAAGUUGUUCGCUUGAAGGGGACUGGAAAGCCAGUUUGUUCAGUCUUAUGGGCGACUUAGCACGAGACAACUUCCAAUGUCAUACAUCAGAGACGCUCUGGAACCCCGACCUCAAACCCUCGCCGUCUGGCGUGGCCCAACCCGACGAUGAAAGCGGCGCAUCAACACCGCGCUUUCCACAGCCGGCAUCUGCGCUCCCGGACUUCGAUUCACAAUCAGCUUCAAGAUUUCCAGGGCCAGUGCCUUCACUGCAACGGUACACACCUUCCAUCGCCUAUACGACCAGCAGCGAAGCUGCCGACCCGUUCUACAUCUCAACACCAAAGCCAGACAUCGUAGUAGGACUUGAAGAUAGGGAUUUCCCGCCAUCGCAUCGAGUUCGAUUGGCCAAACACCAAAGCUUUGGAUCGAUACUAAGCGAUCCGCAUAAGGCUGCAGUGGGCUUGCGUUUCCCCUUUCUCAUUGCAGAGACGAAGGGUUUGAGCCUGAAUGGGGGUCUGGUGGCUGCACAGAAUCAAGCUGCUAUUGGUGCCGCCUGUAUGCUAAAAAUACUAAACGACCUUGAGAAUCAGGCCGCUCUGCCCACAGAAUCCACGUCUCCAGCAGAACCCUGGCUCUGUUUCUCUGUCACGACCGAGGGUCCAGUACAUGAGCUGUGGGUGCAUUUCAAACUUGGAGAGGCGACUCAUAUGCACAAUAUUAGGACGUGGCGCACAACACACGCACCUCACGUGUGGGAGCUGGUGUCCUGUCUCAUCCGGAUUUUGAAGUAG